GUUUUUUGAGACAUAACCUCAAGAACUUGACUGAUAGCCGGAAAGUUGCAAGAAAAGUUUUUAUUUGCAAAAUAAUCAUUUAUAGUGUUUUUCUUAUAUAUAAAAAAUGGGCAAAACAACGAAAGAUAAACGUGACAUUUACUAUAGAAAAGCAAAAGAGGAAGGAUAUAGAGCACGCAGUGCAUAUAAACUUCUUCACAUUGACAAUAAGUUUAACAUUUUUGAAGAUGUUUCAAAAGCUGUUGACUUAUGUGCUGCUCCUGGUAGUUGGAGUCAAGUAUUAUCCAAAAGAUUAAAUGAAGUUUUCAAAGAAAAAUCAGAGAAGGGAAAUGAUAUUCUAUCACCAAAAAUUAUAUCAGUCGAUCUUCAGGCAAUGUCACCGAUAGAAGGUGUAACACAAAUACAAGGUGAUAUCACUAAAGUAUCAGUGGCAGAGGAAAUUAUAUCACAUUUUGGAAAUGAAAAUGCCGAUUUAGUUGUCUGCGAUGGAGCACCUGAUGUCACUGGACUACAUGAUAUGGACGUAUUUGUUCAGUCACAGCUACUUUUAGCUGCAUUGAAUAUAACAACACAUAUUCUUAAGCCAAUGGGAACAUUUGUGGCAAAAAUUUUUCGAGCCGAUGACAUGUCUCUUCUUUAUUCACAAUUGAAAAUAUUUUUCUCCUCCGUCAUUGUUACAAAACCACCUAGUUCGCGUAAUUCCAGCUUUGAAGCAUUUGUUGUUUGUAAAAAUUAUUCACCACCCGAUGGUUAUAAACCACAUAUGAUGAAUCCAUUAUUAACAUAUGAAAAGUGUAGUUUUCAAGAUUUAGAAGGAAUUAAUAAAUCUAUUGUUCCUUUUGUUGUUUGUGGAGAUCUUAAUGGACCUGAUUCAGAUACAUCGUAUCCAUUAGAUUUUGAAGGGACAUCAUUUGAAUAUUGUAAACCAAUUCAAUCUCCAAUAGCACCUCCAUAUCAAGAAGCAAUGAAUUUAUUACAAAAAACAAGACUUGGAAAAGCCGAUGGAAGUUUUGUAAUGGUAAAUUCAAUAAGUAAUAUGAUUAUGCAAAAUAGAGUUGAGAAUUUUGAAGAAGAAAAAAUUGACGUUACUGAAAAUACAGUUGAACAAAAUGUGCCAGAGAAUGAAGAUGAAUCAUCAGUUGAAGGUGUAAAAAAAAUGAUAGAGGAAUUAAAUUUAUAAAUUAAACAUCGCAUUUAUGUAUCGUUUUAGUAUUAAUAAUUAAAAAAUUCUUUAAUAAUAAAAAUUAUCUAACAAUGAAA